UUAAUUUAAUAUUUUCUAAAUGAAAUACGAGAAAAGUUUAUUGAAAAAAAAAUUAAAAAUUAAGAAAGAAAUAAGCUUUAAAAAAAAAAUUAAUUUGUGAACAUAAAUGUUGCAUAUUAAAUAAAAGCUCGGCUGCUAGUUAUCAGAGACGCCAACAUUUGUUUUAAAUUUGAGUUCGGUCUGAUUAGUGAGCGAUUAAAUAAACAAACAAGCGCAUUAACCAAACUUCUAAGAGCGAGCUUACGCUGCAAACUCAGUUCAUUCGUCGAAUUUCAAUCAGUUUGUGCGCGUCGCUUGAGCAACCGUGACUAUGGCGAACUUGCGUUGGAUACGAAAUAUUGCUGUAUUUCUCAUACUGGCCAAUUUCUUGGUCUUUGCGCUGCUGUUGGACUUGCCGGCGUUGCAAGGCUACGCGCAGCUUUCCGAACAUGUGCGCAUCUAUGAAACAAUGCGCGCCAAUAUCUUGGAGAAGGAGUCAAACAAUCAGCUCGGCGGACGCGUGUUGCUCAACGCCAAGGAGCGCGUCGUCAACGAGUUGAUCAUGCUGGAGAAGAAGCACGAACUGGAGUUGGGUUUGAAAAACAUAAGCCACUUUCAGGUGGCACAACACUUUUUCCGAUCAUUCGAGAAAAUCGGUAAUACGACGCUUUUUCGACACUUACGAGCGAUGCCCAAAGGUGGCGUCUUGCAUGCGCAUGAUAUGGCGCUGUGUAGCAGUGAGUAUCUGCUGUCGCUGACCUCUCGUGAGCAUUUGUGGAUCUGUGUUGCAAAGAGUGAGGCGCAAGAGUAUAAGAUGUUACGUUUCUCUUUGCUGCAGCCGCAGAGCGAAGAGUCGUGCGAGUGGUUGUUGUUGAGCGCAUUGCGUCAAAAUGAGCACAACGAUGUUGUCGAUAAGAAGUUGCUGGAGCAAUUGACGAUGUAUCCGCUGGAGCAUUUUGUAAAUGAGGAUGCAGUCUGGAAGCGUUUCCGUAGCAUAUUUCGACUCGUUGUGGGAUUGCUGACAUAUGCGCCAGUGUGGAACGAUUACAUAUACAACGCGUUGGAGGAGUUCUAUGCCGAUGGUGUGCAAUAUUUGGAAAUACGUUCCGUCUUGCCGAUAUUGUACGAUUUGAAUGGCGGCAACUACACCCUUUUGAAUACGACGCGUGCAAUGCGCGAUGCUGAUUUGCGAUUUCGCGCUUCGUAUCCAGACUGGAUUGGUUCACGCCUGAUUUAUGCGCCGACGAGAAAAGUGUCCGAUGCUCGUUUCGUGGAGUAUUUAGGCAAUGCAUUGCUGCUGAAGUCCAACUUCCCCGAUUACUUUGCCGGUUUCGAUUUGGUCGGUUACGAAGAUGAGGGUCGCCCCUUACGCGACUAUACGCGCGAAUUACUUGCUCUGCAAGACGAAAUCGAUUUUUAUUUUCAUGCCGGCGAAACGAAUUGGUAUGGCACGAACACCGAUGAGAAUCUGCUCGACGCUGUUCUUCUCGGCACGAAACGUAUCGGUCAUGGGCUGGCGCUGCUCAAACAUCCCGAAAUAUUGCAGUUGGCGCGUUUUAAAAACAUUGCAAUCGAAAUAAACCCGAUAUCCAAUCAAGUUUUGCAAUAUAUUGGCGAUUUGCGCACACAUCCUGCGGCGAUGCUCUUCGCUGUGAAUUAUCCUGUGGUCAUUGCGUCAGAUGAUCCAUCAUUUUGGAAAGCCACGCCACUGACCCAUGACUUCUAUAUGGCAUUUAUGGUGAUCGCUUCGCGAAAAGCAGAUCUUGGCAUGUUGAAACAGUUGGCUUCGAACUCGAUUACUUUUGGUGCCUUCAGCAGCAGUGAGCGUGAGGUCGCAUUUGAGAAAUGGUAUAAGCGUUGGGACCAAUGGAUCGACGAUAUAAAUUCUAAAUUGAAUCGCUAAUGUUAUGAGUGGGUGUAAAAUAAGAUUUUUUUUGUAAAAAUUGAAAAAUUAAUGUAAAUUUCGGUGGUUACCAAGAAUAAAAAUGCACUUGUGAGCUUUUGACCAUAAA